AUGCGCACAAAAUCGGCUCGAAAACCCGAAAAAUGUAGUUUUGAAGAGCAACGAAUCCCGCCACGAAAACAAACCUUACUUCCACGGUACCGCCUCUUUCAUCGAUUCGCGUUCAUUUUGGCGUUCGCUUGGAAGAUUCGUAAAUGUAACACGGGGAAGAUGGCUCAGUAUUGUGGGGAUAGAAGGUUAACUUUCAGGUAUUAAUGAAUAGAGGAGUUUUAUUUAAGAAACUUGAGUUUUUGAGUGCUUUACAAGCCAUAAAAUAUGGGGAAUAUAGGUUUUUAGGUAACACUUUGAGAUCUUUGCUUAUUUUUCAAGGUUCUUGGGUUUGUUGUCGUGUUAUAUUUUUACCAUUGCCUUUGCUAAUGUCUAAAUAUGUGUUUUCAGUGUUAAUUUUACCGUGCUUUUCGGCUGA